UCUUGACCACUCACAGCAAUGUUUUGUCUUUGUUUUUUUUUUCAUGCGUAGUUGUGCAACGUUUUGUCUUUGUUUUUUUUGUUGUGAGAGACUUAAUCUAUAUACUAUUACUAAUAAGUGUUACUCUUGGUUAUGCCACCUGUCAAAAAUGCCACUUGGCAAAAUUAACCCAUACAAUUAUACACGCCACCUGGCCUCAACACAUUAAAUCUCCGCUUCGAACUUCUCUCCACCACUUAUAUUUCCAACGACGAGCUGCUUCGUCUUCCCCCAAUUCUUCCAUUUCACCGUUCCUCUCUUCUACCUCCUUACACAGAAGAAAAUUGUUCUGUCUCCGCUCUCUUUCCCAAAAUCAACUUUCACCCAAACCCAUUAUUCUCCCGUUCUUCGUUACCCGCGAUCGAUGCUUCGUUGCCCGCGAACGAUGCCUCGAGAACCCAAUCGUCGCCGAAGGAUAUUACGAAUAUAUAUCAUGGCUCAGAUACUCAUUCCCACAUCCCUAAUUUCCAAAUCAAACCAUCGUCCAAUCCCCCGGCGAUGACUGAUCCCUACGCUGCGAAAAGCGUUUGGCGUCACUGGAGACGAAGGUCGUCGGUCGGCGGCGUCCCUGCUAAUUCCCACUAUUUUGUUAUCAUCGAGCAGGAGUCGACAUGUCAAGAAUAUUUCACUAAUGAAGCUGAAUCUUCCAAAAAGAAAGUUCAUCUUGAUAAUGUCUCUUUAUCUGUCACUUGUGACAAUACAGAAGUUAAAAUUUGUUCCUCGGAUAACAUUACACCUUGCAAGAGAAAUUUGUUCGAAUCUGAUGUCGAGCAAUCUGUUUCAGUGGACUUGAUCUCUCCGCAAAUGUCAAGCAACAAAAAGGAAAAACUUAUCAAAAUUGAAAAAGAUAAUUACUAGAUUCUACGGAGAGUAGAAGCUACAUUUUGAAGGAAAAAACCUAUCUGAUUUAUGAUGUAUGAAACUUAUAUUUAGUAUUCUUGUAUGAACACAUAUUUAGUAAGCUUUUGUAAUCAGUGUAGAUUAUUUUGGUGGUUUUGGGUUGGUAAACCUAAAUAUUUGAUAUGAUUAUGUUAUGCUGGAUAUUUGGUUUAUCAAUAUA